CCCUCUCUCUCUCUCUCUCGGGAAACGAGGAAAAUUGAAGAUUCCGUUCCGUCGAUUUCAUCACGUGGAAGGUACUGACGUUAUAUCCCACGAUAUAUCUUGUAUCCCACCUGUGUGAUACGAAAUGCACGGGUAGUACCGAUUUGUCCAACAUGCUUGAUUUGGUAAGGCAUUUGAAUACUGCAACAAUUGACAGCUUCUGCCUACUUAAUACUUGCCAAGGGCAGGCUGGCAUGGUUGGGUUCCAAUUGUUUGCAUAACCAAAUAAGAGUACUGAGGCUCCAGCUCCACGGCUAUCUUUGACAGAGAUGUGUUAGUUUAGAUUGACAUGCACACAACGGUUGGUGCUGCUGCAAUUGAUGAUAUGGGUCAAGCAAUAAGUAGACCGGAAAUAGAUUCUGACAUGAGUGACAGACAACGCACUGUCGAUGGAACUGGUGUCAGUCAAAGAAGCCACGAACAACUACCUGCUCUUGAUCAUGAGAUUUCUCAUCUCACUAAGUUCAGAUCUGCACCCAGUGAAAUGAUCCAUAUAGUUGCCCCAUCUCUGCACAACGUGCCUAUUUCGACUGUGAGGAUGUUGUCUGCGAGAGAAGCUAAUUAUUCUGGGAAGGGGAGGUUCUCUUUUGCAGAUUGUUGUCAUGUUGCCAGCAGAUAUUUGCCCAUCAAUGGUCCAACCCAAGUGGAUUCUAUGAACAGCCGAGCAUAUGUCUCUCAGUUUUCUGCUGACGGGACUCUUUUUAUUGCUGGGUUUCAGGGCAGCCACAUCAGGAUGUAUGAUGUUGAUAACGGGUGGAAAGUUAAGAAGGACAUUCUUGCCAGGAGCUUGAGAUGGACGAUUACUGAUACAUCCCUUUCACCAGAUCAACGUUAUCUUGUUUACUCCAGCAUGUCACCUAUCGUGCAUAUUGUCAGUGUGGGAACCCCGGGAAUAGAGUCUCAUGCAAACAUCAAUGAGAUUCAUGAUGGUCUGGACUUUUCUUCUGAUGAUGAUGGGUUUGGUAUAUUUUCGGUGAAAUUCUCAACUGAUGGGCGAGAGCUUGUGGCUGGAAGUCGUGGCGGUUCAAUAUAUGUUUAUGAUCUCAGAGCAAAUAAGCUUACACUUGGAAUUCCUGCACACUCGUCCGAUGUUAAUACAGUGUGCUUUGCUGAUGAAACUGGCCAUCUCAUAUAUUCUGGAAGUGAUGAUAAUCUUUGCAAGGUGUGGGACAGGCGCUGCUUCAAUGCUACAGGAAAACCUGCUGGGAUCCUAAUGGGGCAUUUAGAAGGCAUUACGUUUAUUGACAGUCGUGGGGAUGGCCGCUAUUUUAUUUCAAAUGGCAAAGAUCAGACCAUCAAACUUUGGGACAUCAGGAAAAUGACCUCCAAUGCUGCUACUUGGUAUUACAGACUUCGUGAUUGGGAUUAUAGAUGGAUGAACUACCCACCUGAAGCAAGAGAUCAGAAGCAUCCAGGCGAUCAAUGUUUAGCCACAUACAGAGGUCAUGAGGUCUUGCAGACUCUAAUACGCUGUUACUUCUCCCCAGCAUAUAGCACUGGUCAGAAGUACAUCUAUACUGGAUCCAGUGAUGGUUCCGUCUAUAUUUAUGAUGUGGUAACCGGAUCCCAACUUGCAAAACUGGUUUUCCAUACCUCGGCGGUGAGAGAUUGUAGCUGGCACCCAUUCUACCCUUCACUUGUCAGCUCUUCUUGGGACGGGUACAUUGAGCGAUGGGAAUUCCCUGGGAGUGGUAAUCCUCCCUCCCUGAGCCAGAGGAGAAGUCGGAGAAGAUUUCAGUAUUGAAGAUUUCAAGUAGCUAAGGGUGUAUUUGGAUGUACCCUCAAAUCACAGUUGGACGGGAUGUCAUAGCUGAGAAGGUAGAUUUGGCAUUUGGGUCGACUUAAAAGAUAGAAUCUGCAUUAAGUAGGCUUCUGCUUUCCCAUCUUUUCUGCCCCAAAUCAGAGUAAGAUGUAUACAGGGCGGUCCCGAACAUCUCUCUUUCAAUUUGCUAUUAUAAGCUUAUUCCAUUGGUGAGUUGUAUGAUGUCUGGACAUGAAACAAGUAUAGCUAUGUAUAGGGAGAUUUGAAAUUUCCAUGAAAUAUAAGCU